AUGGUGAGAACCAGAGGAAGUGGCUCUCGGUCUGUCAAGGCAGUGGCUGGCUCGUUGACUGCAUCUCCAUCCCUCACCAAGAAAAAGGCUCCGAAGAGUACCUUGUCUCAACCCAGCCUCAUUGACGGUUCCAUCACCACGAGCAAAGCCGUGUUCAUUCCAGACCUAGAAGCCCCCAAAGUUUCGUCUGGACCUCCUUCAUCGGCGGCUCCGCUCGCCUCUCUCCCUGGGUCCUCCAAAAGGGGCCGAGCUUCCCCAUCAAAUGAUGUCUCUGAUCAUGACCGUGAUACUGCCAAACCCCAUUCUGAUUCCUCAAAGUCCCCUGAUGUACUUGCACCCAAGAAGAAAAGCAAAGGAUGGUUCCAGGUCUUAUCUUCUCGAAAAUAUCCUCGGUCCAAAGGGCCUAAUCCUUCUGAUUCCAUGCCAAAGGCCUCGUCUCUCGUGGGUUCCACUCCACGUUCCAAGUUUCGUUCGAAGGUAAAGAAAAUUCCUCCUCCUUGUUCCUCUUCUGAAUCUGAUCCUUCUUCAGAUUGUGUUCCCUCUGAUGAAGAUCCCCUUGAAGAAGAUCCCUCUCUUUAUGAAAAUGUUGACUCAAAAGAAAAGUCUGAUCCAUCAGAGGACCCUCCUGUUUCUCCAAAGGGCAAGAAAUCUGUGAAAAUUCCAGAGAUUCGCACCACGUCUCCUAUGGGUCCCAAACAUUAUGUGCAUCGUGGUUUUAUCUGUGAGAAAAAAAUUUCUUUUUCUGCCCAUAGAGUGUUUGGGGUCAUUAAGAAUAUUGAGGAUCAAGGGUGGUUAGGUUCUUUAACUGGGUUGGAUGGUUUUGUUCCUCGAGUUGUUCAAGAAUUCUAUGAUAAUCUCAAUGAUGAUCUGUUUGAUAGCAAGUCUUUUAUGUUUGGUCAAGUUUAUGUUCAGGGGCAUUGGUAUUUGUUUAGUGCUGCUGAAAUUGCCAAGGUUCUCAAUUUGCCCCCUACUGUUGACAAUGUUGCUGUGGAAUUCAACAAAGAUACGGUGCUAUCGGAGUUGGUGGGACAGAAUAUGGUUUGGGAACCUCACUCGGUACUCAAAGUGACGGACCUUACUCAUUACUAUGCCGUGCUUCAUAAAUUUGCCACCAACAAUUGGAUUCCCACCAAGGUUUUGAAAGGCGAAAUCGCGAGGCGAGGCGUUUUCUCUUAG